ACAUAGAUGAGUGCAAAAACCCGUCUCUAUAUUUAUGCCACAGUGGAUUUGAGUGUGUCAAUACUCUCAGCUCCUAUGAAUGUGUUUGUAACGGAAGGAUAACGAAUGGCAAAUGCGAAGAUGAAGGUCUAGCUUUGAUAUAUUUCUGUAAAAAUAUAUAAGCAUGAGUGAUUUCUAACUUAAAAACUACCAACUGUACACAAACAGUAACCACACACAUUGCCUAUAAUUUUCAAGAAUAACUUUGAAUCGUGCUUUUGUUAUUUCGGUUAAAUAGCACGUACUGUACACAGGGGAAAGAUCCCACGAGGGAGAGAUCCUUCCACUUUAGGACCAAUUUUGUAACUUUUUCAAAACUGAGAAGAAACUUGGAGGGGGGAAGGAGCGUUUUAAUGCUUUUAUCUAUAACAUAUAAUAUACCAAAUCCUUAAUGUAAUGUAAUGUAAUGUAAUGUAAUGUAAUGUAAAACCUUUAUUUCAACAGGGUUACCCUUUCAAAAGACAAGCUUCUGCUAUCAAUAGGGGCCGUGUAGAUUUGAUCAGCUAUAGCACUAUUAAUAGUAGUAUUACUAUACAGGGUGUAUAAAAAAAAAGAGACCUUUAGAACUCAAGCAUAUUGUUAAAAUUUGAAUGCCUUUUCAAUUGCACAUACAGUAUGCUGAACUACAGGGUGUAUAAAAAAAAAGGAGACCUUUAGAAAUCAAGCUUAUUGUUAAAAUUUGAAUGCCAUUUCAAUUGCACAUAUGCUGAACCGUGGUGCGUGAAAUAUUGAUGGAGUGCACAUAUUAGAAAAAGGAGACCUUUAGAAAUCAACCAUUGUUAUAAUUUGAAUCCUGGAGCACUUUGCUAAGCCCACGAGUGCGUAACAUGCGAUCUACGUACAGUAUGCAUGGCAGAUUGUUCCCAGGAGCAGACAAACUUUUGUUUAAACGUUAUUUCAAAUUCUAAAGGUCUCCUUUUUCUAAUAAUUAUAUGCACCCCAUCAAUAUUUCACGCACCACGUUUCAGCAAUUGAAAAGGCAUUCAAAUUUUAACAAUAUGGUUGAUUUCUAAAGGUCUCCUUUUUUUAUAUACACCCUGUAUAGUGCGUGAAAUAUUGAUGGGGUGCAUAUAUUAGAAAAAGGAGACCUCGAGCUCUUUAGCAAUCAACCUUUGUUAUAAUUUGAAUCCUGGAGCACUUUGCUAAGCCCACGAGUGCGUAACAUGAGAUCUACGUACGGUAUGCAUGGCAGAUUGUUCCCAGGAGCAGACAAUCUUUUGUUUAAACGUUAUUUCAAUUUCUGAAGGUCUCCUUUUUCUAAUAUAUGCACCUCAUCAAUAUUUCACGCACUAUGGUUCAGCAUAUGUGCAAUUGAAAAGGCAUUCAAAUUUUAACAAUAUGCUUGAUUUCUAAAGGUCUCCUUUUUUUAUACACCCUGUAGUACUAUUGGUAGAUUUGAUCACCUAUAGUACUAUUGGUUUUCUGAUUAUCGUAAAGCGUGUCUAAAAUUCAUGAAAUAGCGUUUUGUCCACCCUAAAAAUAGAAAUAUAUUCCAAACCAGACGAUCCCCUCCCCCGCCCCACUUGCUUGUGGCUGGCUACGCCUCUUGUGCGCACUUUUGAAAUUUAGAGACACUCUCAGAAUCUAAAAACCUAGCUUUGGCUUCACUUACAACUAAAUUGUUGAUAGCCUGUACGGAGUUUGAACCAGCAGAUCUUUUUUAACAUCUGUUUUAAGGUGGUGUUGGGAGCUACUCCGAGUAACUAACCAUACCCGACAAGUAGAGAAGCUCUACUUGGCCCGGCUGGUGUUCGAACCCACGACCUACUAGUCUACUAGUCCGAUGCUCAACCGACUGAGCUACAGGCCAAGUUGAGAGUAGGUCGUUGAAAUAUGUUUUAAUUUAUUGUUUUAUUAUUUUCUAUUCCAGGUUAUACACGCUAUCGUUUGAACUUGCGUUUGAAAGAAGAAUACACCAAUGCGCUUAGCAAUAACGCCUCUCAAGAAUUCAAGGCAAUUGAGACCAGGAUAAUAAACGCG